AUGAAGUUAAGAGGAAGUAGUAAACAGAAUAGACCUAGAUUUUUGUUGAGUAUACUGUUCAAGGAUCUCAUUAACGUUUCAUCAGAGUCAGGGAGUUGUUUCAUUAAGUGGGCGUUGAAAGAUGGAACUGGUACAUCCAUCCAUGCUCUAUCGUCGGAUCACAAGGGAAACCAUUUGCAACUAUAUGGGAUAAACCAGAAUACAGGGCUGACACCAAUCCAACAGAUAAACAAUCACCGUGUUGUGUGGGGUUAUGAUUUAGAGGUACCUUUACACAUCAAGUUAUACGUUGACAACAACGGUGUAUUAAUAGGGAAACUACUUAUUUUAGAAGUGUAUUUAGAUAAAAAUACGAAUAAGACAGACCACACUUUAAAGCAAACAACAUCAGCUCCUAAUGAAAAGAAAAACAAACUGGAGAAGGUAUUGGAACCCACCGCUACCGAGUUAAAGAAAACAGUCACAGCAGCCCAUGCAGGUGUAACGAAUGGACCUAAUAUUAGCCAAAUCAAUAAAUCCAAAUACGAACUUCUCGGCACAGUUAAAAUAGAUAUCACAGACUACAUCAGGCCAGAUGAACAAUUUUCUUCGAACAGAUAUCUUCUGCAGAACUCUAAAGUGAAUACAAUUUUACAGUUAUCUAUGAAAUUAAAACUAAUCAGAGGUAAAUAUACUGAUUUUACAAUAAAGAAACCAUCGAAUAAACCGGGAGCCAAGUCGAUUGCACAGAGUGGCAUUGGCGAUAUUUUCCAACAAGAAGAUAGCACAAUCUACUCUUCCUUAGGAGGUUCAACCAAAGUGAAUGGGUCCAGUGAAUCGGACAACCUGUACGCUGCUUCAACCGCCGGAUCCAAAGUCCAUACUAGUGUAUCCAGUGUCAGACCUAGCUAUCUUGUUGAAGACGCAUACAUGAAAUCUCUCAACCUGUCCUGGGACAGACGACCCGGUGAGUUCAAUGUACAAGAAUGCAUAGAAGAUAUCAUCAAUGGAGGAGAUGGAUGGGCAAGAAAUGAAAAAGGAGUGAAAUUAAUAGACUUAAAAACGUAUGGCGACAGAGAAGAAUUUCAAUAA